AACGGAAAUGUGAUGACUUGGCAAGGCCUCAAAAGUUCUAUAAGAACGGUAUUCAUAAAAAAUAAAAAAGUGGAACCCACUAAUACUGAUGAUAUUACUUUGUUGAACAGAAGAAAUGUUGUGUAUAUAAACCCAUUUCAAGAGAAGCAUAUAUUCUGCUAAGCAAAGCAUGGAACCAACAUUGCAACGCUCUCAGUCUCAUCCCACCAUUCUCGGAAAGUACCAACUAACUCGCCUCCUCGGCCGCGGCAGCUUCGCCAAGGUCUACCAAGCCCGUUCCCUCCUCGAUGGCGUCACCGUUGCCGUCAAAAUCAUUGAUAAAUCCAAAACCGUCGAUGCCGCCAUGGAGCCUCGUAUAAUCCGCGAGAUCGACGCCAUGCGACGCCUCCAUAACCACCCUAACAUCCUCCGAAUCCAUGAAGUCAUGGCUACUAAAACCAAGAUCCAUCUCGUCGUUGAGUUCGCCGCCGGUGGUGAGCUCUUCUCCGCUCUCUCACGCCGAGGACGCUUAUCCGAAUCCACCGCUCGUCGCUACUUUCAACAGCUUGUCUCCGCACUUCGUUUCUGCCACCGCAACGGCGCCGCUCACCGUGAUCUUAAACCACAGAAUCUUCUCCUUGACGCCGACGGCAACCUCAAGGUCUCCGACUUCGGACUCUCUGCUCUCCCGGAACACCUCAAAAACGGCCUCCUUCAUACUGCCUGUGGCACGCCGGCGUACACCGCUCCGGAGAUUCUCCGCAGGAGUGGCGGUUACGACGGGUCCAAAGCCGACGCGUGGUCCUGUGGCCUAAUACUCUACGUACUCCUCGCUGGUUACCUUCCGUUCGAUGAUUUAAAUAUUCCGGCGAUGUAUAAGAAGAUUUCCCGGCGAGAUUACCGGUUUCCAGAUUGGAUUUCGAAGCGGGCGCGUUUCGUGAUAUAUAGGUUACUUGACCCGAAUCCUGAAACCCGAAUGAGUUUAGAGGCUCUGUUUGGGAACGAGUGGUUUAAAAAAUCGCUUAAAGACGAAGCGGAAAAGAGCGUGUUUGGGUUCGAUUACGGAAAGGAAGGGAAGGAUUUAGGUUUGAACGCGUUUCAUAUAAUAUCCAUGUCUUCGGGUUUGGAUUUGAGUGGUUUAUUUGAAACGACGUCGUUGGAGGGUGGGAAGAAUAAUACUGAUAGGAGGGAAAAGAGGUUUAUUUGUAGUACAAAGAUGGAAGUGGUUGAGGAAAAAGUGAAAGAAGUGGGAAGGGUUUUGGGGUUUAAGGUUGAGGUUGGGAAGAAUAGUGCAAUUGGUUUGGUGAAAGGGAAAGUGGUUUUGGUAGUUGAGGUGUUUGAGAUUAUGCCUUCUCAACUUGUUUUGGUGUCUGUUAAUGUGGUUGAAGGUGGGUUGGAGUUUGAGGAUAAUCAUUGGGGGGAUUUGAAAGCUGCUUUACAAGAUCUUGUGCUUUCUUGGCACAAUCAAGAAUCUUCAUGAAUAUAUUAUACAUACAUAGUACACAAUGGUUAUGAUCCUUGUUGAAGGAUCUCCAUGUUGAGUCAAUGGAGUGGUACCCUGUAAAUAGUUAGUUGCUAAACAUGACUUAUUAAGAAACAGAUGACUAAGAAACAUUAGUAUAUGAUGAAGAAUCAUGCUGGUUAAUAGAUGUUUAGUGAGAUAUACCUCUUCAAUUGAUUUUUAGUUAAAUUACAGGUGUGUGUUUAUUUAUGUUGGUUUCUUCCAUUUCGUGUUUUAAGGAAAAAAAUAUAUAAUAAUUAUUAAUGUACAUGAGAAUUAAUGAUGCUAAUGUUUUAAAUUUCUUCUGCCUUUAAUUUGAGUCAUAUAGGAAAAUUUAUGGCUUUAGUGGUGAUUAGGGAUUAUCAUGUUAUUAGAUCCUAUAGUUCUAUUCAUAUCAGCAA